AUGGUCGACCUGCAUUCCCUGCCCAGCGGUUCUCGACCAGACAGUGCAGUUCGCAACAACGGCCCUAACGACCUCGCUUUACAGCGAUACAAGCUGCGCGAACUGGCUGAAGGGUGGCCCUGUUACAGAGAUGCAUGUGAAUGGGAGAAUUUUGCCUCAAUCUUCCACCCGGACGCGUACGUGUACACGACGUGGACGGGUCGGACGCCGUACAGGGACUUCAUCAAGGCCUCGAAGCUUGGUAUGGACAAAGGCGCAUUUAUAAUGCACCGGGUCCACGGGUCGACGACGGACAUCAACCCUGAAGCCACACGUGCUGUGACGAAGAUGAAAGCAGCCAUCACCCAGCGAUUUGACCUUGAUGGGGUAGAGGCCGACGCAGAAUCGGACUGCCGAUUCUGCUUUUUCUGGGAGAGAGACUCGAUCACCGGCGCGUGGGCUGCUCGCUUCGUCCGGCACUGGUACGAAAAAGACAAGUUGAUCCCCGUCAAUCCUUGUAAGGUACCGGUAUUGGAUGACGAAAAGUUGAACAAGUACCCUGUAGGGUAUCGCUAUCUGGCAUACUGUCAGGAGGCCGUCUUGGGAGUAAAGGUGAAAUUGGAUAUGCCUGGCCAUCGACGCGAAGGCGAUAACGACUGCGGCAGAGCUCAUGAUGAACUAUACUGGCAAUGCAAGAAAUGGGUAGAAGGCGGAGCUGUGGAACUUUAG